UGCGGCUCGGGACCCGGGGUGCGGGGUCUCCGGGCUGUCAAGGCGAAAGGGCCCCGGGGUCGGGGCGGCGGGAGGGCCCGGCCCUCGGCUGGCAGGAGAGGAUGCGAGGAGCUUUCUUCUUUUCCUCUUCACAGAGCUUUGUUGAACUAGCUGUUGCUGCAAAACGGCCGGGAGAAUCCCCUUGGUUUGCGUGGGGACCGCAAAAAUGGUGGUCCUGGGGGCUCUCUGUGUAAAUAACCCGGUGUUGUGUGUCCUUUUUGCGGGCGACCCAGUUGGAACGUGCCUUCGUAGUGCGAUCUUCUCCGUACAGGCCCGUUUCCCCCCACAGCUAUUACUUGUAGAUUCACUUUAUAUCAUGCACCAUCUCCCCCUCUCUCUGCCGGUUAAGCAGGUGGCUGAUUAUAUUCCCUUACAGCAGAACAAAUAAAAAACUCAAAGGAAAGCCUGUUGAUUGGACAAAGCUUGUCAAAAUUUGUACUGGUGGUUUUUUGGAAAUGUGUGUUGUCAGCCGAUCUGUGCGGUGGUCGUGGUUCCGUUUAGCUGCCAUGCAGUGAUAGGAUUCAAUCCCCAUCCCAGGCUGCCGGGAUCUCUGCAGCUUCCAGAGCUGGCAGGGGCUGUGAGUGCUGCAUAGGUAGGUUCCCGGAGAAGGGAGUGGCAGGAAUUCGGAGUAUCUGUGUUCUGAGAUUGGAGGAGAUCUCUACAAAAAUGACAAGACAGCACCUGCACUAUCCCAGAAAUAAACAACAACAGCAACAAUUUAAAAAACUGCCGACAGCUGGAUGUGCACCUUCCUUUCUUUUCCUGCACGGAGAGGCGAUUUGAGUUCGUGGAGGGAGUGCUGGAAGAGAACUCGGACUCUUGAACAAGGCUCUCAUCCCGGGCUAGACCCGGAAUUCAGGAUUUUGCUUACUGCUCGGAUCAGGGGGAUUAAUUUGUUCUCUCUUUUUCAACGCUCAUUUACAUUCUGGAAUGAAGAAGCUUGUUAACGAUUGCUGGGGCUCAGAUGACCUCAAACAAAUCACCUUCUGAACCUUUUUCCCCCCCCCAGUAAUUAUCAUUUGGACCUGCGACAUAAGAAAGUACUAUACCUGCUGAUUUUUGCUUUUUCAUUCAUCACUUUGGUAAACCCGAAAGCUGUUGCCUGAACAAAAUGUGGACACUUCUCUACACGUGGAACAGCAGCUCCACCUUCCCUUUUUCAUAUCCUGAAGAGUCCCAGAAGAGCCAUUUAACAUUUUGCACAUUGCAUAAACCUGGCCCUGUAGACGGGAAGGAGCCUGGACACAGUGACACAUUCACAAAGGCCCUGCAGGACCGCCAUGGCUUAUGAUGACUCCGUGAAGAAAGAAGAUUGCUUUGAUGGUGAUCACAGCUCUGAGGAUACAGGACUAGCCGCUGGCCGAAGCCAACGAGAAAAGAAACGUUCUUACAAAGAUUUUUUAAGGGAAGAGGAAGAAAUCGCUGCUCAGGUCAGAAAUUCUUCCAAGAAGAAGUUAAAGGAUAGUGAGCUUUAUUUCUUGGGGACGGACACGCACAAGAAGAAGAGGAAGCACUCCUCUGAUGAUUACUACUAUGGAGACCUUUCGUCUUUGGAAUCGUCACAGAAGAAAAAGAAAAAGUCCGGCCCGCAGUCUACCGAUACAGCCAUGGACCUGUUGAAAGCCAUCACUUCCCCAUUGGCCACAGGCUCCAAGCCCUCCAAAAAGACGGGGGAGAAAUCCUCUAGUUCUUCAAGUCAUUCAGAGAGUAAAAAGGAACACCACAGGAAGAAAGUAAGCGGAAGCAGUGGGGAGCUGUCCCUGGAGGAUGGUGGUUCCCACAAAUCAAAAAAAAUGAAACCGCUCUAUGUGAAUACGGAGACACUGACCCUCCGCGAGCCCGAUGGCUUAAAGAUGAAACUGAUUCUCUCACCAAAGGAGAAGGGAAGCAGCUCGGUUGAUGAGGAGCCUUUUCAGUACCCCUCUCAGCAAGCGACUGUGAAAAAAUCCUCUAAGAAAUCAGCUCGGGAUGAGCAAGGUGCUUUAUUCCUAGGUCACGAGUUACAGAGCUUUCUGAAAACAGCCCGGAAGAAGCACAAGUCCUCCUCAGACCCACAUUCCUCUCCCGGCCCCGAAGCCUGUGGGGCGGAUGGCUCCCAGUUCCCAGAAUCCCACAGUGCUAACCUUGAUCUUUCAGGACUUGAACCUAUUCUAGUAGAAUCGGACUCGUCCUCUGGUGGGGAGCUAGAGGCUGGGGAGUUAGUCAUCGACGACUCUUACCGGGAAGUCAAGAAGAAAAAGAAGUCCAAGAAGAGCAAAAAGAAGAAGGACAAGGAGAAGCAUAAAGAGAAGCGGCACUCCAAGUCCAAGAGAAGUUCAGGCCUUGCAGCUGCCGCCGUGGGGGAAGUCGCGGUGGCACCUGGCCCUCCUCCCAGCGUCCCCCACACUGGAGCUGCUGCCCCUGCCCAGCCACUGCCCAGCCUCCACACAGACGGGCAUAGUGAGAAAAAAAAGAAAAAAGAGGAGAAAGACAGAGAAAGAGACAGAGGAGAAAAGCCUAAAAAGAAGAACAUGUCAGCCUACCAGGUGUUCUGUAAAGAGUAUCGCGUAACCAUCGUGGCUGACCAUCCGGGUAUAGAUUUUGGGGAACUUAGUAAAAAACUGGCUGAGGUGUGGAAGCAAUUGCCAGAAAAGGACAAACUGAUUUGGAAGCAAAAAGCUCAGUAUCUGCAACACAAACAGAACAAAGCAGAAGCUACAACUGUGAAAAGAAAAGCAUCCUGCUCAGAAGUCCCCGUGAAAGUGAAAGCUUCCUCUGCAGGAGUACUGUCACCCCAAAAGAAAUCCCCGCCCACUACCUUGCUGUUGCCGUCCUCUCCAGCCAAAGCCCCUGAGACAGAGCCCAUUGAUGUCGCUGCUCAUCUACAGCUGCUGGGAGAGUCCCUAAGCCUCAUCGGACACCGCCUGCAGGAAACUGAGGGCAUGGUGGCCGUGUCCGGCAGCUUGUCAGUGCUUCUGGAUUCCAUUAUCUGUGCGCUUGGCCCCUUGGCCUGUCUGACCACACAACUACCUGAACUGAACGGCUGUCCCAAGCAGGUCUUGUCAAACACACUAGACAACAUUGCUUACAUCAUGCCUGGACUGUGACAGCAAGGCGUCCCGGGACAGAGACCUUAUCCUCCCCCAUUGCCGGUUUGUGUAUAUAUGACUGUUCCAGAUCCCUUCACUGGCCUCCAGGUGUAGGUUUUAAAUUUUUAUAUAUAUACAUAUAUAUAUAUAUAUAUAUAUAUAAUGUACAAUAUAUACAUAGGACUGCAACUACUUUGCUUUUAAUAAUUUUAUGAAAUGGCAAAGGUUUAGCCAAGAAGAAACCUUGGCAUGAAUAUGGGCUUGGGAUUCUUUUUUCUCCUGUGGUGGAUAAAUCUGCCUUAAAAAUCAAUGUAACUUGGGGGCUGGGGGCUUGUUCUGGGUGCCAAGGGCAUCUCUUUAUGGACAGCUAAAAUGUGAUUUUUUCCAAACUCAGUUGUACCUCCAGACCCAUCACUGACCAUUUGCCUUACCUGUCUUACUGUCGGAAAUGUAAUAGGAAAGAUUAUGGGAAGAUGCUAGUUGACUGAACGUACAAAGCCUUUCAACUUAAGUGACCUAGAUAGGAAGUGAUGAAAUCGUUCCCAUCGUACAGUUACUGCAGUGGCUUAGGUGAACUUCGUAGGGGGUUCAUUCCCAUUCCUGCUAUACAGGUGUCCGUGUCUCAAAAUUUCUUGUAAUCAUCGGUACCAUUAGCAGCCUCAGUAGGGGCCAAGGAGUUACGUGAGCCCCAGCAGCAUAAAACACCUUGGAGAGGGUAAAGCUGCUAUUGCACAAGUUGAAUUGCAUAUAUUGUGAGCUGACCCAGAAUAUUCCAUCUACGGAACUAAUUGCUGAUAUCUUCCAUCGGCAGCAUUAGCUCAGUCACUGAGUCCUCAAAGGUUUUGCUGCUUAGUUGCCUGAUGGUUGGGGAAGAUGAACUUUGCCCAGCAUGAUUCUUGGGUUCAUCCUGUUGGCUCCCCUGGUGGGCAGAUAGAUACCCAGUGUUCUGCAUUCCACACAUAAGUGAAUUGCAAAAGAAAGUACUAGAUUCUCAUGUAGGUUUAUUUAUGUGAGCGUGUGAAUGUGUUUUAAUUAUGUGUAUUUAACUCUUUAAAAUCUCUUAGAUUUUAAUUUAUCCUGUAAAUUUCUGUAUAUAUAAUUUAAUAACAAAAGCCUCCACCAGCAACAGCAUGUGGAAGAUACAGAUUUGUCAUUUCUUCCCUCCUUCUUUCCUCUGGUCUCCUCUGAGAACUCCAAAGCAUCUACAUUUUAAGGUAUUGUGCCUCAAAAAGGAAUAAUUAUGUCGGGAUUCUAAUUCUUUAUAAUUCAAUAAUGUCAAGAAAGCAAAGUUAAAAGGAAUGUUACCAUUCCCAGCUGCCCACUUUUCCAAAGAACCAGACUUUUGCUUCCCAGUUCCAAAGAAGACAGUGAGCACUUCAGGGUUGUUUUUCAAUCUGGUGUGAGAUUCCCUGCCAAAACCAAGCUCCGGGGUAACUGUGCUUUCUUCCCCUGGCCUAGACGGAGCACUACAGCAUCAAAGUAGAUCUUUGAGGACCGUGCAGCCAGCCUGCAUCUGACUUAAUCCCUUCCCUUCUCCCCACCAGUGUGGUCACAGGGCUUUGUUUCCUGAUGGUACUCUGGCUGCUGAUCAGCCCUCAGCUCAGAGCAGUUGUGAAGUUUAAUUGGGGAAACAGAAGGAAACGGGUAUGUUUGGGAACCAAAAUCAAGAAGAGCCGAAAUCUGGGUUUGAUUUCAUGUGUUAGACCCUGUGCCACGCCUCAUCCGUACCCAUGGAAGUUUCCUGUUUGACACAGGGUAUAUCAACAAGGGGCCUUGAAGACACGGAUUAGUACGGAAGAAGUCAAUCCUGCCCUUGUCAUUUGUGCACAUUAAUGAAAUCCUGAUGAGGACCUGCUUUUUGUUUGUUUUCCUUUAAAACCCAACCCUAUUGUAUUUGUAUUUAAAUUUGUACACAUUUGUAUAAUAAUCUGUACCUUGUGGUAUUUGGUACUACUAGAGGAAAAACUUUGGAUUCAGACCUUCUUGCAGUUUUUAUAUCAUUGUUUUAUUUUGUUUUUUAAAUAAAUUCUAGCGGUUUGAUCCAAAUCCCAUUACAGUUGUAUAAAGAAAUAAAAUUUUGUACUUAUAUUAUUAAAAAUCACAUUUUUAAUA